AAAAAUUGCUCCACAGAACAAAUAUUUAUUAUGCGAAGUAACACUGUGGCUCCCUCUUGCUUCCUUCCCUGGGAGGGCCCUGCCCAGUGGCAGCGCCUGGACACACACAUCCCAGCCACCCACCACUUGCUCCCUUUCUGAUCAUCUCUCCUUUCAAAGCCAGUUCUCAUCAAAUGGAGUGAUUUAAGCACUCUGGCAAAUCAUCAUUUUGACAGGGAUUACAAUUUUAAGCUAAAGAGGUGACACAAUGACAACUGAGAGUAAUUUUCAUUGGGUGAGGGCAGUUAUCACUUUAUCCUUCAAACUACACGACGUAGGCUAAAAGUCUAACCUCUUCUAUCUCUAACCAAUGUCUUGAACAUUUUGUGGAAUAAGUCCCCUAACAAGGAGCCACCAGGGAAGACCAAGAUAUUCUACACCUGUGGAACUGGGAUGGCUACUUGAUGGUAGAACCCAGACAGUGUCCCCCCAGCACCUCUGCCCCUGUCAGGCACUGCUCUGGGACUGGAGGAAUCAUCCAGGCUGGUUUCAUUCUGGAUUAGAGAGCAGGGGCGAAGAAGAAAGAUUUUUAACCUACUCCUGUGAACCACAGAGCCACUCGCACUAUAGGGAUUUUACACAAACUUCUGGAACAGGGAAAGAUGGCUGAACCAAGGGCUGCUUCUCUCCCUGGGAGGCGGGCCCUUUCCUACCAGGUGCUCCCUAAAGUGGGCUAACCAUGCCCCUUCUAAGAACAGGGCCACAGCACAAGCCUGAAGAGGAGUUAAGCCCAUCUCCCUACUGCCCCUCACCCCUGUAUCUCCAAAAACCCCCAGACCCCUUCAUUUCUUUCUGUGGUGGCCUCCCUGCAUUACUGAUUACCGGAGCAGCUGACCUGACUCAGCAUUCGAGUGGCUCAGGUGACCUUUGGGAUCACCACGUCCUCAGAAAUUUGAGGAGGGGUGGGUGGGGGAAGAGUCGGCGAAACCAGCACUCACCCUUCAUCCAACUCUAGAGCCACCGAGAGGCCAUCAGGGGCCACAUCUAGGGGUGGAACCAGACCCCCCCCUCCAUCCCUCAGGAGCUCUAGCCACUGGGCGGUGCCAGAUCCUCUGCUGGCCGGCUCCAAAGUGCCUCGGCAGCACGUGGCGCCCUUGCGCAGUUUUCGGGCCUCUCCUUCACCUCCAUCUUUCUGCAGUAUUAGGAACCCCGCGUGUUUCCAACGUGGGGACGCGCGCUUACCCGAUCCACUGCAUAACUCGAUAAAUCCGUAUAAAGCUAGAUUGGGGGGCGGAGGUUAAGCCCUCACUCACCCAGCACCAGAGACCGCUCUCUGGGACCGGCGUGACCGCAGAAGCCACGGUUCUCCUCCCAGCACGUGCCGGCCAUCGUGCAGCCCGCCGAGAGCGGGAUUUCCACAGCUGCUGGGUCUGCAGGGGGCGGGGUGCGGUGCGUAUGUACCGGGUAGGGCAUGUACAGACACUGGGCCACGACGUGGAUCAGAAAUCGGCUCCGAGCGUGCCCCGAGCCGGCGCGGCAGCGGCGGACAGCACGCCGGGACCGGAGCGGCGUUCGCGGCAGGGAGCGGGCCAGCAGCGCCGCACGCCGCGCACUUCCUGUUCAAGGCACGCCGCCUUCCACCGCGCGGCGCUCCCGGGGCCUGCGUCUGUGCCAGGCCCGGCCCUUCACCAGCCCCUGGGUGUCCCCCGGUGGCGGCGUGACGAGGGGCGAAGAACAGGCGCCCUGCCCUGGUGGGUCCGCGGGGCUCCGGCCACAGUCAGAGCGUGAGUUCGCAGCCCCGCCACAGCCCAAUAGCGAGGAGGGCUCGCCCUUGCGCCUCCUCUCCCCCCGCCUCCCUCUCGCCCAGAAAAGAGGACGUCCCUCGUUCCCGUCUCCGAGCUGGCUUAUUCUGCGGCCGAGGAUUAUAUUUAUAUAUGAACUGUCCCGUUGUCGCAGAGGUUCCACUCGGGCGCCGGCACCAGAGGGAGGUUUUCCAAAUUACAGCUUUUAAUUGCACCUGCCCUACAGAUUACCUCUGGGAACCUGUGGGAGGAGCCAAAAGCGUGGAAAAUGUUGCUUCGCCUUGCAAAAGGAAGAAAACUUUGUCACCCAGCAGAAGACCUCGGCCACGCGUAACCCGGCGAGCGCAGAGCUGGGAGCGGCGCUGGCGGAGUUCGCAUCGAUGACUCCGUAGGAGAACGAGGACUCGAGCUACCUGCUCCACCCUCCCUCCCGCGGAAGUCCCCACGAGGUGUCUUCAGGGAGAAGGACAGUAAAAAAGAGCGCGCGGCCCCAGUCCGACGGCAGCGGCUUGGGGUGGGAAGGAGAGGACCGAAUCCCAGGGACUAGUCACCCGGAAUUAACUUCUGCUUAGAGUUAUGGGAAGCGCGGCCAUGGACACCAAGAAAAAGAAAGAUGUUUCCAGCCCUGGCGGGAGCGGCGGCAAGAAAAACCCCAGCCAGAAGAGGCGUUCACUGCGAGUGCAUAUUCCAGACCUGAGCGCCUUUGCCAUGCCGCUGCUGGAUGGGGACCUGGAGAGCUCGGAAAAGCUGUCCUCCCGUAAGGUGGACAGCCCCAUCAGCUCGGGAAGCCCCUCCAAAGGGCUCUUCUCCAGAGGCCCCCAGGCCCGGCCCUCCAGCCCUGUGUCUGCUCCUGUGAGGCCCAAGACCAGCCCUGGCUCUCCCAAAACUGUGUUCCCAUUCUCCUACCAGGAGUCUCCGCCGCGCUCUCCGCGCCGCAUGAGCUUUAGCGGGAUCUUCCGCUCCUCCUCCAAAGAGUCUUCACCCAACUCCAACCCCUCUACCUCUCCCGGCGGCAUCAGGUUUUUCUCUCGCUCCAGAAAAAGCUCCGGCCUCUCCUCCUCUCCAUCGACACCCACCCAAGUGACCAAGCAGCACACGUUUCCUCUGGAAUCCUACAAGCACGAGCCGGAGCGCUUAGAGAAUCGCAUCUAUGCCUCUUCCCCUCCUGACACAGGCCAGAGGUUCGGCCUGUCCUCCUUCCAGAGCCCGUCCAGGCCUCUGCCGGUGUCCCCAUCUCACUAUGCGGCGCUGGCGGCGGCCCCCGGACCCGCGGAAGCCGGCAUGCUGGAGAAAUUGGAGUUCGAGGAAGAAGCAGUAGAAGACUCAGAAAGUGGUGUUUACAUGCGAUUCAUGAGGUCACACAAGUGUUAUGACAUCGUUCCGACCAGUUCAAAGCUUGUUGUCUUCGAUACUACAUUACAAGUUAAAAAGGCCUUCUUUGCCUUGGUAGCGAACGGUGUCCGAGCAGCACCACUGUGGGAGAGCAAAAAACAGAGCUUUGUAGGGAUGCUAACAAUUACAGAUUUCAUAAAUAUACUACAUAGAUAUUAUAAAUCACCUAUGGUACAGAUUUAUGAAUUAGAGGAACAUAAGAUUGAAACGUGGAGGGAGCUUUAUUUACAAGAAACAUUUAAGCCUUUAGUGAAUAUAUCUCCAGAUGCAAGCCUCUUCGAUGCUGUAUACUCGUUGAUCAAAAAUAAAAUCCACAGACUGCCAGUCAUUGACCCUAUCAGUGGGAAUGCACUUUAUAUACUUACCCACAAAAGAAUCCUCAAGUUCCUCCAGCUUUUUAUGUCUGACAUGCCAAAGCCUGCCUUCAUGAAGCAGAACCUGGACGAGCUUGGGAUCGGAACAUACCACAACAUUGCCUUCAUCCACCCGGACACUCCCAUCAUCAAAGCCUUGAACAUAUUUGUGGAAAGACGAAUAUCAGCUUUGCCUGUUGUGGAUGAGUCAGGAAAAGUUGUAGAUAUUUAUUCCAAAUUUGAUGUAAUUAAUCUUGCUGCUGAGAAAACAUACAAUAACCUAGAUAUCACGGUGACCCAGGCCCUUCAGCACCGUUCGCAGUAUUUUGAAGGUGUAGUGAAGUGCAAUAAGCUGGAGAUACUGGAGGCCAUUGUGGACAGGAUCGUCAGGGCAGAGGUCCAUCGUCUGGUGGUGGUCAAUGAAGCUGACAGUAUUGUGGGCAUUAUUUCCCUGUCAGACAUCCUGCAAGCCCUGAUACUCACCCCAGCAGCUUUCCACAAGAGUUCACUGUCGAAUUCAGACUGUCCAAAGGAACUUAAGUAUCUACGCAGGCAUCUAAUGAGUGCCAAACAAAGGGAGACGGAAACAGAAUGACCACCGUGAAUGUAGACACCCUCAUAAGAGAACUUGAACAAAGUUCCUGGGUCACAUUUUGCCUCAUGAACACUGGCUGCAAUAGAAGAGAGUAAAAUGGUUAAGAAUGUAUAUCGGGGUUUAAUAAUGGGUAUUUUUUCCAGUGAUGUUGAAACUAAACAUAAAAAAAAGAAAGAUUUUUAUGUGCUUGAAGAUUCAGGCUUGCAUUAAAAGACUGUUUUCAGACCUUUGUCUGAAGGAUUUAAAUGCUGUAUGUCAUUAAAGUGCACUGUGUCCUGAAAUGUUUAUUACUUUUCAUUUCAAAGAAUUCAUUGGUGUCGGACAGGUGAUGUGACAUAAGGUGGGCGCACGGCGUGUCGGAUCUCAGUGCCUUAUGUCCGGACACAGCAAUACGCCAUCACCCGCCCGCUGCAGCUGGAGCGCACACGUGUGGAGCCACACCGAGCUUGAAUGUGGAAGUCUUUGAACCUUUUACCAAAUCAGUUUGUUUUCAUUAGAUUUGUCAAAAAGUUGUAAUUUGAAUAUAAGUAAUUACUUUUAAAACUUUAAUGACACUUUUAUGUUUAAGUGUUCUGUUCUAAGCUACCGUGUAAACAGGGCUGCUUUAUAACAGCUUUAUUUAUUUUUACUUUCAUCCAAUUUUUACACCUCUUUUGGUGGUUAAACUUCACCGGAUCCAUUAAUAAACUCUCAGCUGUUAUUUUUAAAUGGCAGAUUUCUCACUACUUAAGUUUGGAUCUGGAAAGGAUAUGGUUUUUAAAAUAGCCACCAUUGGGUUUUAGAAGCAGAGGUUUCUAAGAGCACGUGGGGAGACAGGCUGUGGUCAGGAAGAAGCCAAGUGCCGGGAAGAUGUCUAUUUUUUUCUUGUGUAUUGAAAUGUAAAAUCAUGAUAUGUGUAUGAUUGCUGAUGCGAUUGUUUUUGUAAAUUUUAUUGUGGCAUAUACAGUAUUGUCAUAUGGUUGAAGAGAAACAAUGUUUCUUGAUGUAAGUGCUCUGAAAAUGUUGACACUGUAUAUACAUAUGAGGAUAGUUUGGUUUUUUGUUCUUUGGUUUUUUUUUCAGAUUGAAAAAUUAAAAUAAAUCCUACUAUCUACCA